GGUUCAUGAGCUCAAGCGAUCCACCCACCUUGGCCUCCCAAAUCACUCCCAGAGUAGCUCAGGCGUGAGCCACUCACUGUGCUCCGCCGCAAAUUAACUUUUAUAGAGGGAUUGUUGGUGAUUUUUAUAUUCUGUUAUGUAAUAUACAACACUACCCAAAUAAAAUAAAUAAUGGAUUUGGUAGAUAUCAACAUUGUGGUUAUUAGAGAAGCGCAUUCUCUUGUGCAUUGGAGAUAGUGCUUAGGUGUUUUCUUGGCCUGAAUGGAAUAUUCCUCAGGACUCUUGAUUUUUGCACUCAUCAGGCAACAUUUUUGACUUAUUAGUUCAGCUUCCUAUAGUCUUUUAUUUCAGGGAUGGUAUGUUUUGAUAGAAUAUGUAAGUAUUCUGGUCACUAGAUAGUGUAUUUCUUUAUUAUAAAUAGAUUAACUUGUAAACUGGUUUAUACAUCAAUACCGUGUAAAUUUGUUUAAUGUGUGUUCAACUGGGUACAGUGAUAAUAAAAUUAUUUCUGGCUCUGAAACCCAGAUCCUGAACCACUUAAUGUAAUGUUAAAGUUAAUGACUUCUCUUUGUGCGACAACUACUUCUCUGUACUCAUCUGACUUUUCUUUUUUUGUUCAAGAGGAAUAAUAUGCACUAAAACUAUACCAAAAUCAUAUAGCAUGCAUGUGGCAUUUCUUUGAAGAUCUUUAAAAUGAGACAACAGGAGAAUAAAUGCAAGAGGAGCCAUGUCAGAAGAAACAGUAAGUGAAUCACAGUUUUCAUUGAGGACAGCCGCCCUAAGAGUGUUUGAUCUUCCUCUGACUUGGUACUAUUCUCUCUCCCAGAUCAAAUUUUCUCCAGUGGCUAAAAAGUUGUUUGUGGUAACUGCAGUGAGUGCUAUAUCUGUAAUUUUUCUGGCCCAUCACUUUAAAAGAAAACGUGGAAAGAAGAAAGGAAAAAUAUUACCAUGGGAACCAGAGCACCUCAUACUUGAGUACACUAAAAGAGCAGCAUCAGACAAAGGUUCAAGUUGUUCCAGUAGCAGACAGAAUUUGACAUUAUCUUUAAGUUCUACCAAAGACAAAGGAUCUCAAGCUUGUAACUAUGCUAAUGGAGGACUUUUCAGUAAAUAUUCGGGUUCUGCACAGAGUUUGGCCUCCGUCCAGAGUGUCAAUUCUUGUCAUAGCUGUGCCUGUGGCAAUUCUAAUUCCUGGGACAAAGCAGAUGAAGAUGAUAUUAAACUUGUUAAUAUUCCUGUGACUACUCCAGAGAACUUAUACUUAAUGGGUAUGGAAUUGUUUGAAGAGGCAUUGCGUCGAUGGGAACAAGCUCUAACCUUUCGCAGUAGACAGGCUGAAGAUGAAGCCUGUGGUUCCAUUAAACUGGGUGCAGGAGAUGCCAUUGCUGAAGAAAAUGUAGAUGAUAUUAUUAGUACUGAAUUUAUCCAUAAACUCGAAGCUCUACUGCAAAGAGCCUAUCGUCUCCAAGAGGAGUUCGAAGCUACCCUUGGGGCAUCUGAUCCUAAUUCCCUUGCUGAUGAUAUUGAUAAAGAUACAGAUAUCACCAUGAAGGGUAAUGUGGAUGACUUUGGCCUGCGAGACACCUUGAGCGUCGCAUCCACGGAUUCCUUUGCUUCAGCAGCAGAGCUUGCAGAACACAGAGAAGUACGGCAUACCUACAGCCUGGAGUCCCUUUGUCACUGCCCAUUUUACGAGGAAGCCAUGCAUUUAGUUGAAGAAGGAAAAAUUUACUCCAGAGUACUGAGAACUGAAAUGUUGGAGUGCCUAGGAGACAGUGAUUUUCUUGCCAAACUUCACUGUAUUCGACAGGCUUUUCAGGUAAUUCUUUCAGAGUCAGCCAACAGGAUAUUCCUCGCUGAGAGUGGAAGGAAAAUUUUAUCAGCUUUAAUUGUGAAAGCACGUAAGAAUCCAAAGAAGUUUGAAGAUGUUUUUGAUGAAAUGAUCUAUUUUUUAGAGCAGACCGAUCACUGGGGUAGUACUGAAAUGGAACUUGCUGCUAGAGGGGUGAAAAAUCUAAAUUUUUAUGAUGUUGUUCUGGAUUUUAUAUUAAUGGAUUCCUUUGAAGAUUUGGAAAACCCACCCACAUCCAUACAGAAUGUAGUAAAUAAUCGAUGGCUAAACUCAUCCUUCAAAGAAACAGCUGUGGCUUCAAGUUGUUGGUCGGUGCUGAAACAGAAAAGACAACAGAUGAAGAUCCCAGAUGGAUUUUUUGCCCAUUUUUAUGCCAUUUGUGAACACAUCAGUCCUGUCCUAGCCUGGGGCUUUUUGGGUCCUAGAAAUUCUCUCUAUGAUUUAUGUUGCUUUUUUAAGAAUCAAGUUCUUUUAUUUCUCAAAGACAUUUUUGACUUUGAGAAGGUGCGCUAUUCAAGUACAGAGACUUUAGCUGAAGACCUCAUGCAGUUACUCAUUCGCCGCACUGAGCUUUUAAUGGCCUAUCUUGAAGCAGAUGCCCUGAGGCAUACGAGUAGUUGUCUAAGUAGUCAUGGUCAUGUUAUGUCCACUGGGCUACUGGAAGCCAAAGUACAAUAAGUACCAUAA